UGGCCAGCCGCUCAGCCCCUUGCCCCCCGCCGCCUGCUGGGCCGGGCCGAGGAUGCAGCGCAGCGCCUCGGUGGCCAGGCUCGCUCCGCUCCAGCGUGCUUGCUAACUUCCCCGGCUCCGUCACUGCCUGCUGGGGCCGCCUCGUGUCCCCGCGCCCUCCGGGUCUGGUUCUCUAAGCGCUCUGCGCGCUGCCUCCGGGUCCCUUGCAGUCCGCUCGCGAGCCCGCGCUCUCCUCCUGUGUCCCAUCCUCGUCCUCACCAUGCUGCCCUUCGGCCUCGUGGCCGUCCUGCUGCUGGUCGGAGGGCCUCAGCGGAACCUGGGCGACGAAGCCAUCCAGUGCCCCCCUUGCUCCGAGGAGAAGCUGGCACGCUGCCGGCCCCCCGUGGGUUGCCAGGAGCUGGUGCGGGAGUCUGGCUGCGGUUGUUGCGCUACUUGCGCCCUGGGCUUGGGGAUGCCCUGCGGGGUGUACACCCCACGCUGUGGCUCAGGCAUGCGCUGCUACCCUCCCCGGGGGGUGGAGAAGCCCCUGCGCACAUUGAUGCAUGGGCAAGGCGUGUGCACAGAGCUGUCCGAGAUCGAAGCCAUCCAGGAAAGCCUGCAGCCCGCUGACAAGGAUGAGAGCGAGCAUCCCAACAGCAGCUUCAACCCCUGCGGUGCCCACGAUCAUAGGUGCCUGCAGAAGCAUAUGGCCAAAAUGCGAGAUCGGAGCAAGAUGAAGGUUAUGGGGACACCCCGGGAGGAACCCCGACCAGUGCCCCAGGGUUCCUGCCAGAGUGAGCUGCACCGGGCCCUGGAGAGGCUGGCCGCCUCGCAGAGCCGGACCCAUGAAGACCUCUUCAUCAUCCCUAUUCCCAACUGUGACCGCAACGGCAACUUCCACCCCAAACAGUGUCACCCUGCCCUGGAUGGACAACGUGGCAAGUGCUGGUGCGUGGAUCGGAAGACAGGGGUGAAGCUUCCAGGGGGCUUGGAACCCAAGGGGGAGCUGGACUGCCACCAACUGGCUGACAGCUUCCAAGAGUGAGGCCCACCAGCAGCAAGCGGGGGGACCCAGUGCCCCUACUAGGCCCCUAUGAUCUGGGGGCUGUAGAGUUGACCUGGCAGGGAGUCUUGGUCUGUGUUCUGGCUCCCUGCCUCUGGCCCUGCCCAAAGUUUCCCUUGGUGUGUGUGUGCGUGCAUGCAUGGUGUGUGUGUGUGUGUGUGUGUGUGUGUGGUGUGUUUAUGGGGUAUGGCCCACAGGGUAAGCCUGAGCCUGGAGUGCCCACUAUGGGCUUAGAGAUCCCAAGAGGUCUGAGUGUGUAACAUCAGGAAGCCCCCAGUGUGUUUUCAGAUCAAUCUUGAAUUCGCUCAUUCAUUCAUCCUGCCAUCCGAAAACACAUGUACUGACAACAUA